CGUUAUUUGAGCGACAAAAGCGCCAUGACUUGUCAUUUCCGCCGUGCACGGUCUCUGCUCGCCGUCUUCGUGCUGCUGGUCCUUCUUGAUAAUGUGAUUGCGCCGCUAGCUAACGCCACUAACUCAAUUGGCACAGUCAGGCCGCCCAAACGUACUACCAUCGGCAAGGGGAGGAUUUAUCGUUUUGAGGUUACAGUGGAAGGUUCCUUCAAAGGAGCAAGGAAGGUCGUACCGCCGCAACAACCUACGAUUGCCCGCUUGCUUCCCGAACUGGCGACGAGGUCUCGGGUGCCAGAACCCGGGGAUGAUCUCGUUGCGAAGCUAGUUGCGACUGGUUACACGGCCUUCGCGAGUUUCUUGCGAAAUUCCGGCCUCCUGGCCGAUUUUCGGGAGCUUCGACUCCAAGGCCCUUCCACACUCACUGUUUUCGCGCCGACCAACGACGCGUUGCGUUCGUUUCCCACAGCUCUUGUUGCCGGCCUUCAUUCAUACGAGAACAACCGAAUAUUGCGUCAGGUUCUGCUAUUUCACUUUGUACCCGGUAUGAUCUCCCCGUUUGAGUGGAAAGGCCUGCGACGGACCCUGCUCGGCGCGCCACUGCGGCUUCACAAGACGAGGAGCGGGCUUUUUGUGUCCAGCGUUCCUGUGAUCAAAACGCAUGUGACAAAAUCGCACGAAUGUGACGUGUACUCAAUCAACAGGUUUCUGAUUCCUCCAGUCGAGCUCGUCAACUCCCCUGCGGCAGCACAACAAUCUACAAGCCAGCUCCACUCCGAGCCUCGUGGCGCCUGGGAGGGGGAUGAGUCCGAGUCUCAUGAUCCUCAUGAAGCUGCUGUUGCGCGAAUGGGCGGCAGCGAUGUUCGGAACAACGGGAGCACGGACCACCACGGGAAAAUGCAUGAGGACGGGGAGAGGCGCUGGGCUCGGCGCGCAAUGAGGGAGGAGGGCGCAGUGGACGGCUGGGAUGAGCGGAAGAGGAGGCUGGAGGAAAUGCUGCUGGCCAAUCGCCGAAUGCUUGACUCACUUGGGCGCCUCGCCCCCGCUUCUGAUCCUUCCCCCAUUCCACCCGCUCCGCCCUUUCCGCCUCCGCCCCUUCUGCCGAGCGGCCCAGCCCCACCUUCCGACGCCCCACCUUCCAAGCCUGCUCCAGCAUCCGAGCCUGCACCAGCAUCCGAGCCUGCUCCAGCAUCUGAGCCUGCACCAGCAUCCGAGCCUGCACCAGCAUCCGAGCCUGCACCAGCAUCCGGGCCUGCUCCACCAUCCGAGCCUGCUCCAGCAUCCGAGCCUGCACCAGCAUCCGAGCCUGCACCAGCAUCCGAGCCUGCUCCAUCAUCCGAGCCUGCUCCAGCAUCCGAGCAUGCACCAGCAUCCGAGCCUGCACCAGCAUCCGCGCCUGCACCAGCAUCCGAGCCUGCACCAGCAUCCGAGCCUGCACCAGCAUCCGAGCCUGCUCCAGCAUCCGAGCCUGCUCCAGCAUCCGAGCCUGCACCGGCAUCCGAGCCUGCACCAGCAUCCGAGCCUGCACCAGCAUCCGAGCCUGCACCAGCAUCCGCGCCUGCACCGGCAUCCGAGCCUGCACCAGCAUCAGAGCCUGCACCAACAUUCGAGCCUGCACCAGCAUCCGAGCCUGCACCAGUAUCCGAGCCUGCGCCAGCGUCCAAGCCUGCACCAGAAUCCGAACCUGCACCAGCAUCCGCACCUGCACCAGCAUCCGAACCUGCACCCGCAUCCGAACCUUCUCCACCUUCGGAGGCUCCACCGUCCAAGGCUGCACCGGGUUCGACGCCUGCUCCCGGCUCACAAGGAGCGCCACAGCCGCAGCCGCAGCCUCAGCCUCAGCCGCGGCCGCAGCCGCAGCCAGCAGCAGCACCUGUUAACUCCGCUGCCAGCCAAACGAGCUCCUCCCCUGCUACCCUAUCAACCGGAGCUACCAUCGGCAUAGCGGCAGGGGGAAUAGGCCUGCUCGCUGCAGUGGUGCUUCUGGUGCUCCUCCUAUGCUUCCGCCAAUUCAACCCGGGGUCCAAAGAAGGAGCAGCAGCGGGAGGCAGGGGAAGAGGGGGCGUGGCAGCAGGAGGCGCAGCAACGGAGAGCAGCUCCCAAUCCGGGAGUGCCUGGUCGUCAGGGCAGCGGUGGCAGGGUGGUUCAGGCUACUACGAUACAGCUGCUUGGCCGGCUCGAGGCGGGCAGGAAAACAAUCCCUGAGCGACUAACAGAUCUGAUUGCCAAAACGGUCUCUUAGCAGCAGCAGCAGCAGCGUGCAGGGUAUGGAGCACCUCUCUAUGUGUGUGUGGAUGGUCAGGGCAGGGGGGAGUCAGAUGGUGCAACAAGAGAAUACAGCACGCCUAGUGCGCCGGUGCAAGGAGGGUGGGCAAGUGUCGCACCAGGGGGCUGCCUGCUGUGAAGACGGAUGUUGCCUGGGCACCGGGUCCUCAAUGCAUUGUCCUUUGCUCUUUCAUUGCCCUACAAGGCUCUGCUUGCAGAUGACUCGUGGUGCUAGGAGGGAGAGCAGGAGAGCUUGAGAGCAGGCGAGCAGGAGAGCAGGAGGGCAGGAGAGCAGGAGAGUGAGGUUUGGCUCCCUCGUACACCGACAUGUACAACAGCUUGGCUUAACUCCCCA